CUUCCUCUUUACUUGGUAGUAUUUCCAUUUACUGCAGAAGAUUUGGUUCAUUGGAGGCUCACUUUUAGCAUUAACACUGGAAAACGAAAUUGAAACCACAGAUUAGAAUUGCAAAUCUGCCACAGAUGCUGGCGUUCAUUUUCUCAAUUGAAUCACAUGAGAAAAUCCCCAAAUGGUUUUCUAAAAGGACAACAAAAAGGACCCCUGUUGGUAUUUUGUUUCACAAAACAAUCCUGUAUAUUCUAAAAACUGGUGGAGACAUUUCUACUCACACCAGCAUGCCUCCAAAGAGAGAGGCAUCAGAAUCAGUAAUUGGCACUCAGCCAAACCUCAAAGUGACGAGGAUAAGCACAGAAGUAGAAGAGGAUUCUGGUGAAAAUGCAGAAGAGAAAUACAGAAUAUCAAAUGAUACCAUUUAUCCAGCCUUUGAGAAUGAACCAAUUGGUUUUGAGGACCAUGAGCCAAGCCAGGGAAUGAGAACUGAUACCAUAAGCCUUUUAAUGAAAAUUGACCAGCUUCAGGCAGAACUCAAAUAUGAACGCAGGUGUAGGAUCAUGGCAGAGAGAGAAUUGAGACAGCUUAAAGAGAUGAAUGACCUGAUGAGCCAAAUGAGACACACAGCACAUGACCUACGAUCUGUCUUAGACCAAGCCAGACAGGGGACUGAUGGGACUUCCCAGAGCAGUGAAGGGGAAUACUUCCCCUGUGUCAUUGGCCAGUCUGAACCAGUGGCAGAGGAUGAUGAAAACCUCCUGCAUCUCUCUGGAGGCCUGAGAAUUCAAAGAAACCUGUAUGAGCGUGUUGCGGAGAUCACUGACUUUAGGAAGUACAUUUCAGCUCUGCUGAUGGUGCUGUUUGACAGAGACACCCUGGCCACCCACACUUUGCAGGGCAGGCGGACCAACAUUGCUAGAGAAGACUCUCAUAAGCCUCCCCUCCCACCAGACAUCUUAAGGGGCAUCAUGGAGCAUGUUAGAAUCAAGUUUGGAGUGGACUACAGUGUGAUACGAACUGCCAUUAGAACCAAACUGAACAAUGAAGACAAGCUGUUUAAGAAGAGAUUGGGUUUCCGUUAAACCAACAUGUGAUCCAUGGGCGUCGUUAGACCCUUUUUACUGGGGCACGUGCCCGAGUAUAAAUCUGCUGUGCCCCAGUAUAAUCUAAAGUUUGAGUUUUAACAAUUUACUUUAUUAGUCAGUGCAUUAAUUUAGAUUGAUAAUCUCAGAAAAAAUAAACGCAGUAUCCCAAUCAAUGCUUGUAAAAUCAAAGCAGUUUAACCAAAAACACAAACCGAUGCCCACAGAAUUCCAUGUCAGGGCGCUCUGAGCUUGCCAAAUAGCCACUGCAGCACGCACACAGAAGUCCAGGUGUCGGACUCGGCACACAAGUCAGAAUUGAGAACUAGAGAAAGUUUCUAAAUGAUAGGCCUACCGAUCAUCAUAUUUUGACUAAAACAUAAAAACAAAAUGAAGCUCAAAAAAACAGUAUUUGCGCCCAAAUGAAUGCGAAAGAAAUGUGCACGCUCGCAUUAACUAUUGAUGUCCCUGCCAAAGCUGAUGUCAAACAGCGUCCCUGAACUGCUGUAUAGUGGGUUAAGCAAACAGAGUUUAUAUAGCCUAUAGUGCAUUGUGCGCAGCAAGUUUGAAAGAAAAAAAAGGGAUAUGAACAGGGGCCUGUGUCCCAGUAGAGUUUUAUGUCUAACAACGCCUCUGAUGUGAUCCUGUUAUAAUGUAACAUGCCCAGGUGAUACCUGUACAUGUACUGUAUGUGUCUUACAGUAUUAAUGUAUAAAUGUGUACUGUUCUUAGUUUCAGGGGACCAUUUGGUGUCAGGUAUUAAUUUGCACCUAUUGUCACAUGACUCAUUUUAGAGUUAACAACUAGCCUUCACAAUGUUUUACAAUGUAACACUGCAGGUCCAAAAUUGUUAUUUGUUCUGAUGAUGAUUGUUAUGUACAUUAAAACUAGCACAGAUUCACUUCAUUUGUAGAAUGCUAUUAUGACUGUUAUGGUAGGUAUGCUGUACUGCCCUUUGUAGUAAUGUACUGUGCAAAGUACUGUAGAUAGUAACUAUGUUAUGUUCCAGCAGAUGGCAGUGUGCUCUUUAUAACCAACACUUACGUAGGUGUGGGAUACAUCCAAGUCUUCCAGGUUUACUCAGGAAACAGAAACUCCUUUGCCCUGCUGUUUGGAAGCAUUCCACCUUUAAUAUCUCAGGGUGAAAAGAGUGGAGAACAAACCAGAGGCUUUUCAAACAUCGAUUUACAGCUCAUGCGACAGAGAACACUGAAAGAGAGAGAGAGCAGCAGUGUCAUCAGAAAUGCUGUUGCCUUAUCCACACCUUUAAAGAAAUGGCAGUUAUCAGGGACAAGUAGACAAUUUGACUUGUGAUCAGACGGAUUCUUCUAUCUCGUCAGUGGAGAAUGGAGGCAUGUGGGAAACGGAUGUUUACUCUGAAACUUUCAUUGUGAAGGAUGGAGGAGGCUGGUUCACCCCUGACCCCAGAGCUCAACGACACAGCAGCCAAUGACUCUCUCAGCCUGUGGAAGCCCCUACCCUCUGCUCCCAGCAGGCAACUGGGUACCCUCCCUAACGCCCAAACCCGCUUUAAGGACCUGUCAGGGAUCUUCUUCAUGGUGACCCUCAAUGUGCUCGCCCUGCUUGCCAACACUGCAGUGCUUGUGGUGAUCAUCAAAGCCCCUCACCUCAGGAAGUUUGCCUUUGUGUGCCACCUGUGUGCAGUGGACCUGCUGUGUGCUGUGCUUCUCAUGCCCCUGGGAAUCGUGUCCAGCUCACCCUACUUUGCAGGAGUGGUGUUCACCGUACUGGAGUGCCAGGUAUAUGUCUUCCUUAACGUCUUCCUCAUUGCUGCCUCCAUCUUCACCAUCACGGCCAUCAGCGUGGAGCGCUACUACUACAUCGUCCACCCCAUGCGCUAUGAGGUGAAAAUGACCUUGAAGCUGGCGGCUGCUGUCAUGGUCCUGGUUUGGGUGGCGUCUGCUCUGCUGGGGCUGGCGACCAUGUUUGGAUGGCCGAACUAUGGCAGCCUGAGCACCAUCAGCGCCACCCACUGCUCUCUGCACUGGAGCCACAGCGGCCACCGGCAGGUCUUCUCCAUCCUCUUCUGUGUGGCCUGCUUCUGUCUGCCCGCCGCGGUCAUCUUCGCUGUGUACUGUAACGUGUACAAGGUAGCGCGGUUGGCGGCGCGCCAACACGGACCCCUGCCCUCUUGGACUACCAGUCACCCCAAACGGCGCUCGGACUCCAUCAACAGCCAGACCACAAUCAUCACCACCCGCAAUGCCCCCCGCAGAGCAACCAGGGACAAGGCCUUUGGAGGGGGCAAGGCUGCCCUCACCCUGGUGGUGAUUGUGGGCCAGUUCCUACUCUGCUGGCUGCCUUACUUCGCCUUUCACCUCCACCUCACACUUAAUUCCUCGUCCAGAAUCCCUACUGACCUGGAGAACACUGUCACCUGGCUGGCCUACUCCUCCUUCGCUGCCAACCCCUUCUUCUACGGACUGCUCAACAGGCAGAUCAGAGAGGAGCUAUGGAAGCUGAGGUGCUGCUACACCGCCAGGCCCGUUCAGCUGGCUGUGUCCAGCCACGAGGGCUCAGCACAUGAGAACUUUUUGCAGUUCUUACAGAGGACCAGCUGCACAGUGGAGACCCGUGCCAGCUUUGCCCUCCCUAGUCCCCGGAGCACCCUGGACCAGACUGGGCAAACCGGCUUCAGGAUACCAGGGCAGAUACCAGAGGAGUUCAGUUAGAGACACCGCAGGACUGUGGCACCCUGCUCUGGUGGUUGUUGACAUCAGUAAAAUAUUUAUGUUGAUUGUGUCAGUCAUUUAGUAUUGUGGUUGCAUUGUUCUAUAACACAACUGAGGUGCAUUCAGAUUUAGAUCAUUCAGACAACAGUUUGUUACUGCCACAUGACUAAUAGCAGGACUGAUAUACGACUACCACUGUCUCUUUCUACUUACAUUUACAAAUAAAUAGAACACUACUUCUGCAAAUAUAUAUGUUUUACUUUAAUGCUGAUGAAAACUUGAAUAGCCUUAAUUCUGCUGUAUCAUGUAAUAUAAUUUUUUUCUAUCAUAAAGAGUGACAGGUAAAUCUGACAUACAACUUAAUUUGUAUCAUACUACAUAAAAUUCAGGAAUUUUAAUAAUACAUUAAUUCCAUCAAGGUUGACAGUUGAGUGUGGAGAACAUGACAUUAAAUUCAAAGGUAAGGGAUAUGACCAGUUAUCUGUUUUAGUAUACUUGCUUUAUUUUUUGCCAUAUUCUGAUCUGCCCUUCAUUUUUAAUAAGACACAAUGCUGGUACAUUAAUGUUGGACUAGUGUACAAAUCAGCUGUUAUUACUUUUAUUGUGCAAAUAAACUCCUAUACAUUCAAAGUGUUUACAAUGAAUUAAUGAGUUAAGCAGAAAUAAUGUUACUAUUAUCUAUCCUUUUGAAUAUAAAACUGUAAGUGUGUGAAUCUGGAUGUACAGAACAAUGUUUCAGCAGCACAUUCAUGAAAAGCCUUAGACUGGCAGGGCUCAAUUAACACAUGAUUAUAUAAGCAUAAAAAAUCUGCUUUCAUAAUAGCUCAAAGUGAACAUAAAAAAAUAAAUAAAAUGGAAUGCUAAAAGCUCUAAAGUCAGAGUUAGCAAAUCUGUUCCAUUUUAAAAAGUUAAUUUAAAGGCAUUGGUGUGUAACGGAGAAAUAAGGUCGCAAUAACAGGACUUUGCGGUAAUACCUGUAUUGUAAACAAUGACAUAACCAGAGGAAGUGUGACACUCGGGUCCCCCUGCCUCAGAUCAUCAUCACCUGAGUACUAAAAGGGCACUAUCUCUUCACGCCUGCAAACAAUGAAAGCAAUCAGUCCACUCCCCUCACUCCUUGCUAAGUCUUGUUAACAUUAUACUGACAUUUCUGGGCGAUUUUCGGAUAGACUUUCUGUUAUAUACUGACCUUGUUUUGCCCCUGACCUCGUAUCUGCUCCACCUGUAUAAUUCUUAGACGCCGUGAUCCAGACCCUUGCCUGUCCUGUGGAACCUGAACAAGCCUUGCCUUCGUUGCCCAGUCCGCCCCCGUUUGACCUACGCAUGUGACCUGACUACCCUUUUGGAUCUCCUCUCUGGCUCUGAUAUCUGUGUAUGACCCCUGCUUGUCCAA